AUGCGGGAUCCGCGCGGGACAUCUCGAUUCCAUCCAUCUCUACUGCUUGCCGGUGUACUCGUGUUGUUCGCCAAUGUCGGCGAAUGUGUCCAAUCGUCAUACAAUUAUGUGCCGAUCGGCACCAAUCCAACACUGUACACACCAGGAUUCGAGCCGAUCAUGCAUCUUGAUCAAAUGACAUUCAACGACACUGUCUUUUCGGAUCAAGCAUUUUUGGUGGAAUAUUACGCAGAUUGGUGUGGCCAUUGUCGCGCCUUCGCUCCAUACUUCCGCCAAUUCGCUCAACUGGUCCGCGAAUGGCAUUCAGUGGUCCACGUCGCCGUCAUCAACUGCGCCGAUUCAUACAAUCUGCAAGUGUGCCGCGAGAACGGCGUCACCUACUUCCCAAUGAUGAAGUACUUUCCCAGAACCGCCAGGAGCGCAUCUCAAGGAAAAUUGUUUGAGACGCCGCAUUCGGCUGAACAGAUUCGAGACACGUUGAUGCACACGAUUAGCAAUGAGUACAUGUUCAACAGAUACCCUGACUGGCCGAAUCUCGCUCAUCUCAUCGUCGAUGGUCGAACCACGUAUGGACAACUUUGGGAGGGGAUUCCGGCAUCGGCCAACUAUUUGGCGAUCAUCUUCGAAGAAUACGACGGUGUUGGAGCACAGUUCGUUUUGGAUAUGUCGUCGAGACGACACGCCAUGGGAGCUCGACGCGCCCUGUCCAACUCGCCACUCGUCCAGAUGCUCAACAUCCGCAAUUUCCCUACGGUCGCAUUGUUCCGACGCGAUCAUCAGCAGGCGCUCUACAUGCAGCGUUUCACCAAUCAGACCUAUUCCGAUCUCGACGCCACCAUCACAAAUGAUUCGACGCAAUCCGGCGGAACGGUGCCAAUCUUGACCACAACUCUGGCGCCGAUCUCGACGACAACUCUCGCGCCGUACAUCGAUUGCCAUCAAUAUCCGGAAAGAUGUCGCGAUAUGUAUUACGUGUCGGAGACCGAUAUGCUCAAGGCGAUGAGAAUGGCGUUGUUGGAUGAGGUCACGCGAGUUCCAGGAAUCAUUCGCGGCGACAACUUUACCAAUCUCUAUGAUUUUGUCACCCUGCUUUCCAACCAUUUCCCAGUUCUUUCCUUCCAAAACGACAUUCGUCGAGCCCGAGCGAAGCGAACAACAUCUGUGAUCCUUCGGAACAGCGAACGAGCUCGAUUGGUAUUCACUCACAUGCGAGAAUUCCUUGAAAGUCGCCGAAACAGUGGAAUGGUUUCAGUUGAUGAAUACCGACGACAAUUCGAGAGUGUUGAGAGAGUCUAUGCAAGCCCGUUCCCUGUCAACUCGACCUGGCAACACUGCAAGGGAAGCUCUCCAAUGUUCCGCGGAUACACAUGCGGCUUAUGGACCACAUUCCACGCACUCACCGUUCAUACUUACAUCGACACCAUCAAGGACGAUUUUGUGGAUCCGAUGAAGCCGUUGAAGAACAUUCAAGGAUGGGUAAAGAGUUUCUUCGGCUGCGAGCACUGCCGCAAUCACUUCAUGCAUAUGACGACAACUCUUUUCCCAUUGACCGUGAGACGUGUUCGCCAUCCACACGAUAUGAUGACCUAUCUGUGGCGUGCCCACAACAUCGUCAACAAUCGGCUUCAUGGUGAUCCAACCGAAGACCCGCAGUUCACCAAAAUGCAAUUCCCACCGCCGUUUUUAUGUCCGACGUGCCAUUCGGGCGGACAAUUCUCAAGACGACAAAUUCGAAACUUCCUUCUGCGAUACUACGGAAGCAUCAAGCCGCACAAUCGAUUGGCUGAUCAGCGACUCAGCUUUUAA